AUGCUCCAGAGGCUGCAACUUUUUCGGUCCACCCUGGUGAACUUUUUAGAGUGGCGAAACUUCAGCGAUGUUGUGCACGGCUGCUAUGUUCGUGUACUGCUGGAGAUGCGCAGCACAGAGGAGAACCGACGCGAGAGUCCUGAUAACUACUACAUCGCGCUCGUGAAGGGGGCCCAGCGCGGACCGGUUUACUCCGGCUUCUCCGCGGACGCCGUAACCACAGAGUGGCACAUUGUGAUCGAGCUGCCACCGUGUUUCCGCUCGACACAGAACGGCAACGUUCUGCAGCUGAACUCCAUCUCCAACUCCCCGUUCAGACAGGCGGAGUACCAGAAUUGGGUGGACAUGACGAACGAGACGAGAGAGCUGUCCUUCCCGAGCCUCCCGCAGCUGCAAUUUCGUCUAGGGAUGCUGGAGGAGCACAAGCAGCAGGCCCUCGCCCCGGAGCCACGCCGUCAUCGUAACGGGGAGGACGUGCAGGCUGCGGCGCUGCGAGAGCGAGCGGUAGAGGAGAAACGGAAACGCAUUACCGAGGAGAUCAUGGCGACGCACGUGAAGCUGCGCCGGAUCGACCAACUGAAGGCGCUUUCGUUGGAGGACUUGCAAGAGGUGGAGCGGGAGAUACUCGAUUUGAUCACGGGGGUGCGGAUAUCCAUCAAUGAACGUUCCAAAUGCAUGCUGUGCCACAACAGAAUCUGCACGGAAAUCUGCUACCCAUGCAAACAUCAAGUGCUCUGCAAGGACUGCGCCAAGUCGAUCCGUGGACAAUGCCCCGCUCCAAAGUGCAGGAUGCCUGUGCAGUACACGUUUGAAGCGUUUACAUCGUAG